AUGCUUGCAACUCUUCUAACUCUACACCGGAAGGAUGGUGUAAUUGCAACGUACCAUGUAGAAUGUGAAGUGAAUGUUGAUGAAUUCAUGAAGGAGGUGACUCACACAGUGUACUUUAAUGAGGCCGAAUGCGAAGUGAAGUGUUCAUGUGCCUUGUUUAAGAUGAGAGGGAUAUUGUGUAGACAUGUAUUAGGCAUUAUGAAAGUUAACAAAGUCCGUUCGGUUCCUGAAAAGUACAUACUAGAUCGAUGGAGGAAAGACAUAAAAAUGACAUACACUCUUAUACGAAGUUCUUAUGACUUAGUUGAUCAGAGGCCUGAAGUUAGCAGAUAUUCACGUAUCAUCAAGAAAUGUUACGAAGUAGCCACAAAUGCAUCGUCAUGUGAUGAGCACACUGAGGAUAUGCUAGCUAAACUAGAUGCGAUGAACUUAGGCUAUCGCACCAACUUGUUGCCCUCGAAGGUUGUAGUGAUUCAUGCCGACACAACGACAGAUGUGAGUUCUAAGAAAGUACUGAGUCCUCAUGUAGUCAGAGGAAAAGGUAGACCUCCAUCUCUCAGAAAGAAAUCAAUGAUUGAGAAAGUGAAACCCACGACGAAGAAGGCUAGUCAAAAAGGAAAGCGUAAACAGUUUGAACACCCAAAGAAUGCUCGCCCCGGAUUUCGCCAGGUAUUUGAUGUUCUAAGUGAAGCAGGAAAAUCCACAGGAGGCAGAGAAGAUGCUUGGGUAAAUGAUGAAGCUUUCUUCAAAUGGAAGGAUGAUCUAAGUAAUUAUGAGGAUAAACUGAAGUUGCUAAGGGUCCAAAAGGUAUCCCGUCAAUUAACAAAUAUUGGCAACUCAAUUCUAGAUUUGCAAGCCCCACCUCAAGGUCUUGCUGCCCUUUUAAGCAAGGUAAGCCAACAAACAAAAGUCUCUUGUUUACAAAGCAUCCACGUAUACCUCAUAUGGAACCUGAGGUGGUUGUUUGAAUGA